AUGGGGAACAGCCAGUGCGUCCCCCAGGCCCCCAGGAGGCUCCGGGCGUCCUUCUCCAGGAAGCCAUCACUCAAGGGAAGCAGGGAGGACGGCCGCAGGCAGCUGGCCAGCCUGCUUGGCGCCGGGGACAGCGCAGCCGACAGGAUCUUCCACUACCUCCCUGGGCCGGACACCCUCGACCCGGAGGACCAGGAAGAGAACCUGGAGCCACCCUUCCUGAGCGUGUACAAGAAGACCAGGCGGAGGGUGCCCGUGAGGGCCCUGGGCAAGGUCGUGCACUACGCAAAGGUCCAGCUGCGGUUCCAGCACAGCCAGGACACCAGCGACUGCUACCUGGAGCUGUUUCCUGCCCACCUCUACUUCCAGGCCCACGGUUCUGAAGGACUCACGUUCCAGCCCCUCCUUCCUGUGCCCUGGCAGGGGCUGCUGCCGCUGACCGAGUUGAGUGUCUGCCCGCUCGAGGGCUCCAGAGAGCACGCAUUCCAGAUCACAGGCCCCCUGCCUGCCCCGCUCCUGGUGCUCUGCCCUGGCGAGGCUGAGCGGAGCCGCUGGCUGUUCCACCUGGAGAAGCAGAUGGCCCUCGCCAGGGGGCUGCCCCGCUGCCAUUCCGUGCCACCUCAGAGUCCCCCUGGGGAUGAGCCCCCCUGGACACUGCACCGCCAUCUGACCCGGCUGCGGACAGCGCCAGGGCCGGGACCAGCAGGUGCCCCCAUCUGUGCCUCCAGGGUCAAGCUGCAGCAUCUGCCCUCACAGGAGCAAUGGGACCGGCUCCUGGUCCUGUACCCGGCGUCCCUAGCCAUCUUCUCGGAGGAACCACACGGGUUUAGCUUUAAGGGAGAGCUCCCCCUGAGCGCCAUCCAUAUCAACCUGGAGGAGAAAGAGAAACAGAUCCGCUCCUUCCUGAUCGAAGGUCACCUCAUCAACACCAUCCGUGUGGCAUGUGCCAGCUACGAGGAUUAUAGCCACUGGCUGCUCUGCCUCCGGGCAGUCUCCCGCCGGGAUGGGGCUCCCCUGCUGUCUGGCCCUGAGGGUGUCCUGGGACCCCUGGGGCCUGUGCAGUCUCCCCAGGACCAGGCCAACCCUGAAUGCACCAGCAUCGGCUGGCGGAGAGCAGAGCUGAGACGUGCAGGCAGCAGCCGGUUACCCAGGGGGAAGGCCUGGGUGGAGGGGCCGGGCCCAGGCGCACCACAGCACCUGCACCUGGACCUGAGCAAGGUGAGCAGGCUGGGCCUGGAGGGAGAGCCCCCAGUGGAGGCACCACACUCCCCACUCUAUGCCGACCCCUACACGCCCCCUGCCACUUCCCACCGCAAGAUCACGGAUGUCCGCAGCCUUAAUGAGUUCCUCAGUGCCGCGCGGAGUUCGCCGGGACCAGAGCCCUCCAGCCCCUUCCCCGCAGUGCCCGUGUCUGUGCCUGUCUCCGGCCCUGGCUCUGGGCUCCCCAGCUCCCAUGUGCCCUCUAAGAGGGGGGUCCUGCAGCCCCGAGUCCCUCAGAGGCAUCAAGGCUCCACCAAGGACCGAGGGCCACGGCCUCCAGGGUCCCCUCAGCUCGGUUCUUCUGCCAAGGAAGACCCGCCCAGCCCCCCACCGCCUCCCCCAGAUGGCGGGCCUGAGGGCACCAGCUAUGACAGCGUCUGGGACCAGGCCCCGUCUCCCUCCCACCAGAAGUGGCCCGGGCUCAGAAGGCCUGAAGCAGAGGGUGGGCUCACCCAGUGGAUCUGAGACCCCCUGCAGGGACACUGCCCGCUGUUCCCAGUUCCUGGCCAGCCCCAGCCAGGGACAUCUGAGCUACUCCGCCCCUCCCUCCUGCACCGAUCCUGAGUCAGGCUCUGGCCCCUGAGUUCUGAAGGCUCUGCCGGGCUCUGCGGGGGAGAGGGGGCGUGUCCUGAGCGCUGUGACUGACCAGGACUCGGGGGAGGCCCUGGACUCCCUCAGCUCUGCCCCCCACGCCCAGGCUCACCUGGAGCUGGGGGGCAGUGAGGGUGAGAAGCAAGGUGGGGAAGCCCAGAGCCUUGGGGUGGGGCUGGCUGGGUCGGGGUCGGGGUUUGUGAGGUUACAGGGCAUGAGGGUGGAGAGUGGGUGUGGUGUGACCUGAGGCACGAGGGGGGCUGGGCCCCAGUGUUUCCUAGGCGGGUGCUGGGGGGCUGGGGGGAGAUACUGAUACCAUAAACCAGGAAGAAAGAGAUUUAUUGGUGCUCUGUUCCCUUCCAG